AUGAGUCCUCCACCAAAAGAUGGCCCGGUUGUGGGCUCAGAUGUACCCCGCCAAAAAGCCAUUGCCACACCCGACACAGUCAGAGUAGGGUGUAUCGCAAUGGUCGAGAAGGACGGUCAACCCCGGCGCGCCGAAAUCCUUAGUAUACGAGAUACCAAGAGCGGACGGCAGUUUUACUGUAACUUCGACAAUUUCAAUAAGCGAUUGGAUGAGUGGGUCCCUGUUUCGAGGAUAGACUUCACAAAGGAGAUCGAGUGGCCAAAUCCAGAAAAGGACAAGCCCAAGGAAGGGAAAGGGAAGAAGGGUUCAUCUCAACCCGCAAAGAAGACGGUACCCAAGAAAGGCCAGAAAAGACCUUCGAAGCGCGAACAAUCCGUGACGUCUGAAGCCGCGACGCCGCGUCCUUGGUCGGAUUGGGCCGAGUCACAGGACCAGACCCCGAGUGCGGUAAACGGCGAGGGACAGGAUGCCUCACAAGUCGGUACACCCCGAAACGGAGUACCACCAGUCGGUCCUGAUGGGGAUGUUGAGAUGACCGGAACAAACAAUUUCAACCGCGAGGAAGAGGUCGAGAAGCUACGCACAUCUGGAUCGAUGACGCAGAACCCAACGGAGAUUGCUCGAAUACGAAAUAUCAACAAGGUUCAAUUCGGUCUGCUAAGUUACCGGCAGUAUUGGAGCGAGAAUAUUGUCGAGAUGCUAUUGGAGAUCAAUGAACACGGGGAAGGGUGCACGAUGGAACAAAUUUCCAAUUCCCUCGCGAUGACUAUCAAGGAUGUCGAGCAUACUCUCCAGUUCCUUAGGCUUCUGGUCUAUCAUCGAGGCCAGCACAAAAUCGUGCUACCCGACAAGCUUAUCGAGCAGAGAGAAAAGCAGAAAUCGAAGCGGAGGAGGUUCAUCGAUCCUUCGCGGAUCCAGUGGACGCCGCCAGUCUUCACUGCGUCUGCCAAGACUUGGGGUUGGUAG